CAGCAGGUGGCGCUAUAACUUAGAAAUGUUUACUACUAAACUACGCAUUAAUCCACCGAACAGGAAAAUAAUGAAUUUGUUCAACUCAAACUGAUUCAACAAGCAGUGAGAAAAUGGAGGUGGAAUGCUUUGUGUCCAAGACCCUAGAGCUCCUUCAGGAGGAGAGAGAAGCAGAGAUCGAGGAGACAAAGCUAUGGCAGGAGAAUAUCUCUCUGAAAGAUCUCCAGAGUAAAGGCGUUUGUCUUCUGAAGCUGCAGAUAGGAAGCCAGUCGACUGGCCUUUAUGGACGAUCACUCCUCCUUCUAGAACCCAGAAAACACAUGGGCGUCUCUGUGCUGCCUAGCAACAACUUUGGACCCGGAGACAUAGUGGGUCUGUAUGACCUGGAUGGCUGUAAGCCGUCCUCCCAGCUGUGUACUGGUGUCGUGACCCGCAUCAGUCAGUCGGCUGUAACCGUGGCCUGUGAGGACUCGCCAGACGGGCUCAACCUGGACACGGACGCUUUGUACAACCUCAUGAAGCUGGCUAACGAUGUCACAUACAAACGCAUGAAAAAGGCCUUGAACACUCUGAAUGGGUACAGCAGUGGACCAGCUGCCGAUUUGAUCAGCGUUCUCUUUGGCUAUUCAGAACCUGGCUCUAUAUCACAACCAAAUGAUCUGUCUUUCCUGAACACUGGUCUGGAUGAGUCUCAGAGACAGGCGGUGUCGUUUGCUCUGUCUCAAAGAGAGGUAGCUGUAAUACACGGACCGCCAGGCACCGGCAAGACAACCACUGUGGUGGAAAUCAUCCUGCAAGCGGUCAAACAGGGACAGAAGGUCCUGUGCUGUGCUGGUUCUAACGUGGCGGUGGAUAACCUGGUAGAGCGCCUGGCUAAGGCCAAAGCUAAGGUCCUGAGACUGGGCCACCCUGCCCGCCUGCUAGAGUCCAUUCAGAAACACUCGCUAGACGCCGUCCUCGCUCACAGUGACAACACCAACAUCAUCGCUGACAUACGCAAAGACAUUGACAAAGCUUUUAUGGGGAUGAAGAAGAUGAAUGACAAACGAGAUCGGAUCCACCUGAAGAGGGAGGUAGGAGAGCUGAGGAAAGAGCUGAGGACCAGGGAAGCUACAGCCAUUGCUGAGGUCCUCAAACGUGCUGAUGUUGUUCUUGCUACUAACACAGGUGCUAAUGAUGGUGGCCCUCUGAAGAACCUACCCGUGGACCAUUUUGACUGGGUGGUGAUCGAUGAGUGUGCCCAGGCGCUGGAGAGCUCUUGCUGGAUCGCUCUGCUCAGAGGCAGGAAGUGUAUCCUGGCUGGAGACUACAAGCAGCUGCCACCCACCAUCAAGUCUCACACGGCUGCAUCUAAAGGCCUGUCUGUCAGCUUGAUGGAGAGAUUGAUCCAGAAGUAUGGAGACUCCGUAGUCAGGAUGCUGACCGUACAGUACCGUAUGAACAGUAACAUCAUGACCUGGGCCUCAGAACAGAUGUACCAGGGCCAACUCACCGCACACAGCUCAGUGGAGAAACAUCUGCUCAAAGAUCUCCCAGGAGUAGCCAGUGUUGAAGAGACCAGCACUCCUCUCCUCCUCAUAGACACAGCAGGCUGUGGACUUAGUGAGAUGGAGGUGACAGACGAACAGUCCAAAGGAAACCAAGGUGAGGUCGACAUUGUGGAACUACACAUCAAAGCGUUGACUGAAGCUGGGGUGAAACCGAAAGACAUCGCUGUCAUUGCCCCUUACAAUCUGCAGGUGGAUCUCCUGCGUCAGCGUCUCUCAGCGAGACAUCCUGAUCUGGAGAUCAAGUCUGUAGACGGCUUUCAGGGCAGAGAGAAGGAGGCUGUGGUUCUGACCUUGGUCAGAUCUAACAGGAAAGGUGAAAUAGGGUUCUUAGCUGAAGACAGGAGGAUCAACGUGGCGGUGACUCGAGCCAGACGUCACCUGGCCCUGGUGUGUGACACGCAGACCGUCCAGACCCACGGCUUCCUCAAGACCCUCAUCGAUCACAUGACCCAGCACGGAGACGUUCGCACCGCCUUUGAGUACCUGCAGGACAUUGUGCCCCAGAACUACACCAGAGACCACAGAGAUAUUAAGUCUAACAACACUAAAGCUACCGCUAGCAGCUCUUCAUCCAUCUCCAACAAGCAGAAGGACAGAGGCCAGGCUGGGAGCAAGGUGGAGCCAGGACACAAGAAGACCUCUGGGGGGAACAAGACCCAGGGAGUAGAGCACCAGACAGGUUCAGGUCCCAGCACACACAGCCAAGCCAGACGUUCCACCCCGACAGAAGAGGAACAGAGACUGACCCAGAUAAAAUACCUGGAGAUCAAGGGCCAGGUGGAGUGGUUCCUACAGGACCCAGACCAGACGGCGCUACGCUUUCCCUCGUCCCUCAACUCCCACGGCCGCCUGCUUGUACACCAGGUUGCAGAGGAACUGGGCCUGAACCAUGAGAGCCAGGGAGAAGGAAAGGACCGAUGCAUCACUGUCUCCAGACCCCCAACAGGGCCUAACGAGGCUGGGGAAGAAGAGGAGCAACAAGCCCUGCAACCAGCAGCCGUCCUGGAGGAAGACAGUGUUACAGGGCCUCCUGUAGAGCAACCGGCAGCACCUGUAGAUCUCAAGACUUUACAUAUGGAACGAAUGAAACGGGAGCAGGAGAAGAGGGAGCAGAAGAGGAAGCAGGAGAAGCAUCUAGAUACUGUCCGUACAGCAGAACAGACUCAGACUGCUAAGAAGGCCAAGGCAAAAGGAAAGACCAAAAAGACCAAAGCGGGUGCCUGUGAGAUCGCUGCGGCUGCGACAGCUGACGUUGAUUUUGACACCCUAAUAGAUGCUGUGGUGAAGGCAGAACGCGUCUGUAGUUUCGUCAGGUGUAAAACCUUAGUAAUUCACCUGGGACAACUCUGUCUGUUCUGCAACAGACAAUACUGCCUCGGUCACCACAUACCUGAGGUCCAUGGGUGUGGAGACCUAGCCAAGGCCAAUGCCAGGAUGAGGAUCAGUAAAGAAGGGGUUCUGUAUGCUGGUAGUGGACACAAGGACAAGUCUGUAGAUCCUAACAAGAAGGCCUAUCUACACAGGAAGCUGGACUCCAAACUCAAAGACAUGGAAAAGCAGCGGAAGACCAAACCCAAAGAGAGUGACAACAAUUGACCUUUGACCUUAUUAAUUCCAGUUUGUCAGUGACUGUAAGGUCUGAGGAUGACCCCCUUUGUGGACUGAAUAGAUAUACUUAUUAAACAGAUUACUGCUAAAUUA